CCAGAUAUGGCCGCCCUGUGGGAUUAGAAGGGAGAGAUGAUCGAGGGGAAGAGGAGGGAGAAGUGGGGAAUUAAGGAAAAGAUGAUUUCAUUUGCUCCGGGUGGACGGCUAUAAAUACACGCGGCUAAUCAAUGACUUGUUAAGCAAGCCAGACGCACUCCCACUUUUAAUCAUCUACUCCCACCCUAAUUUAAUUUAGACGGACCUAGUUAAUGGCCAUCCUGGAGAGAGCAGAGGAAGCCAACAUCGGCGAAGGCUCAGGCUCGUCGGAGUGGGAGCUGGGCGUCCGGCAGCUGUGCGACAGCGGCAUCACCACCCUGCCCGCCCGCUACGUCCUCCCGCCCGCCGACCGCCCCGCCCGCUACGUCACACCACCUGCUCUGCUCCCCGUCGUCGACCUUGCCGCCCUCCGUGCUCGAGACCCCUGUCAGCUCGCCGCGCUCCACGCCGCCUGCCGGGACUACGGCUUCUUCCAGCUUCUCAACCACGGCGUGCCCCCCGACGCCAUGCUGUACGCCGCUCGCCGCUUCUUCUUCGACCUUCCCCUGCCCGCCCGUAAGCGCUACAUGUCCGCCGACAUCCGCGCCGCCGUCCGCUACGGCACCAGCUUCAACCAGCUCAACGACGCCGUCCUCUCCUGGCGCGACUUCCUCAAGCUACUCAUCCGCGACACGCGCCGCCUCGCCGACGUCCUCCCCUCCUGGCCCGACGCCCCCGACGACCUCAGGCCGGCCGCCGCGGCGUACGCCACGGCGUGCCAGAGGCUGUUCCGGGAGCUCAUGGAGGCGGCGCUGGAUGCGCUGGGCAUCGUGCGGUGCCGCCGCCAGCUGCUGGAGGAGUGCGACGCCGGGUCGCAGAUGAUGAUGGUCAACUGCUUCCCGGCGUGCCCGGAGCCGGAGCUGACGCUGGGCAUGCCGCCGCACUCCGACUACGGCCUGCUAACCAUCCUCCUGCAGGACGAGGUGAGAGGGCUGGAGGUGAGCUACGGCGACGGCGGCGGGUGGGCGGUGGUGGAGCCGCUUCCCGGCGCGGUGGUGGUGAACGUGGGCGACCACCUGGAGAUACUGAGCAACGGGCUGUACCGGAGCGUGCUGCACCGUGUGCGCGUGAACGGUCGGCGGGCGCGCGUGUCGGUGGCGUCGCUGCACAGCCUGGCGGCGGAGCGUGUGAUCGGGCCGGCGGCGGAGCUGGUGGACGAGCAGCGGGGCAGGCCGCGGCGGUACAUGGACACCGACAUGGCCGCGUUCCUUGCCUACCUCGCCUCCGCAGAGGGCAACCACAAGUCCUUCCUCCACUCCCGCAGGAUCAACACCAUUUCUUCUUCCGGACUGACCCAACCCAGCAACUAAAUUAAUUAGCUGGACGUACGGACUCUCUAUCUAAUUACUAGUCGCCAAAUUAAGAGUACGUCGUCCCUUCUAGCUAGUUCCUAUACAAACAUAUCCACCCUGGUUGCAACUGUAGUGUUAAGCUAGCACGGAAUCCAUCACUGUACAAGCAUGUGUGUACGUGCAGUGAUUUAAUUAAUUAAUUUGCUGAAAAAUAAUCCAAAUUAUAUAUUGUUAGGACGGUAA